AUGCUAUCUAAUCGAUCAUUAUUUUCUAACAACAUAACAUCUAUCUAUCUAUCUAUCUAUCUAUCUAUCUAUCUAUCUAUAAUAAUCGAUCAUUAUUUUCCGAACAAUAAACAUCUAUAUCUAUCUAUCUAUCUAUCUAUCUAUCUAUCUAUCUAUCUAUCUAUUUAUUAUGCUAUCACAGAAAAGAAUAAUCGAUCAUUAUUUUCCGAACAACAUAUCUCUAUCUAUCUAUCUAUCUAUCUAUCUAUCUAUCUAUCUAUCUAUCUAUCUAUCUAUGUUCAUAUCUAUUAUGUAAUGACACAGAAAAGAAUAAUCGAUCAUUAUUUUCCGAACAAUAUAACAUCUAUCUAUCUAUCUAUCUAUCUAUCUAUCUAUCUAUCUAUCUAUCUAUAUAUCUAUCUAUCUAUGUUCAUAUUUAUUAUGCUUAAUGACACAGAAAAGAAUAAUCGAUCAUUAUUUUCCGAACAACAUAACAUCUAUCUAUCUAUCUAUCUAUCUAUCUAUCUAUCUAUCUAUCUAUCUAUCUAUCUAUGUUCAUAUUUAUUAUGCUUAAUGACACAGAAAAGAAUAAUCGAUCAUUAUUUUCCGAACAAUCUAUCUAUCUAUCUAUCUAUCUAUCUAUCUAUCUAUCUAUCUAUCUAUCUAUCUAUGUUCAUAUCUAUUAUGCUUAAUGACACAGAAAAGAAUAAUCGAUCAUUAUUUUCGAACAACAUAACAUCUAUCUAUUUCUAUCUAUCUAUCUAUCUAUAUAUCUAUCUAUCUAUGUUCAUAUUUAUUAUGAAAAGAAAUAAUCGAUCAUUAUUUUCCGAACAACAUAACAUCUAUCUAUCUAUCUAUCUAUCUAUCUAUCUAUCUAUCUAUCUAUCUAUCUAUCUAUCUAUGUUCAUAUCUAUUAUGCUUAAUGACACAGAAAAGAAUAAUCGAUCAUUAUUUUCCGAACAAUAUAACAUCUAUCUAUCUAUCUAUCUAUCUAUCUAUCUAUCUAUCUAUAAUAAUCGAUCAUUAUUUUCUAUAACAUCUAUCUAUCUUCUAUAUCUAUCUAUCUAUCUAUCUAUCUAUCUAUAUAUCUAUCUAUCUAUGUUCAUAUUUAUUAUGCUUAAUGACACAGAAAAGAAUAAUCGAUCAUUAUUUUCCGAACAACAUAACAUCUAUCUAUCUAUCUAUCUAUUUAUCUAUCUAUCUAUCUAUCUAUGUUCAUAUUUAUUAUGCUUAAUGACACAGAAAAGAAUAAUCGAUCAUUAUUUUCCGAACAACAUAACAUCUAUCUAUCUAUCUAUCUAUCUAUCUAUCUAUCUAUCUAUCUAUAAUAAUCGAUCAUUAUUUUCCGAACAACAUAACAUCUAUCUAUCUAUCUAUCUAUCUAUCUAUCUAUCUAUCUAUCUAUCUAUCUAUCUAUCUAUCUAUCUUCAUAUUUAUUAUGUGGAAAAUGAUAACAGAAAAAGAAUAAUCGAUCAUUAUUUUCCGAACAACAUAACAUCUAUCUAUCUAUCUAUCUAUCUAUCUAUCUAUCUAUCUAUCUAUCUAUCUAUCUAUAAAAAGAAUAAUCGAUCAUUAUUUUCCGAACAACAUAACAUCUAUCUAUCUAUCUAUCUAUCUAUCUAUCUAUCUAUCUAUCUAUCUAUGUUCAUAUCUAUUAUGCUUAAUGACACAGAAAAGAAUAAUCGAUCAUUAUUUUCCGAACAAUAUAACAUCUAUCUAUCUAUCUAUCUAUCUAUCUAUCUAUCUAUCUAUCUAUCUAUCUAUCUAUGUUCAUAUCUAUUAUGCUUAAUGACACAGAAAAGAAUAAUCGAUCAUUAUUUUCCGAACAAUAUAACAUCUAUCUAUCUAUCUAUCUAUCUAUCUAUCUAUCUAUCUAUCUAUAAUAAUCGAUCAUUAUUUUCCGAACAACAUAACAUCUAUCUAUCUAUCUAUCUAUCUAUCUAUCUAUCUAUCUAUCUAUCUAUCUAUGAUAUCAAAGAAAUGCAUAUUACUGAUGCAACAUCAGCAGUAGUUUUCUUAUCUGGGAUUAUAAAUCCGUAUAUACAAACAAAACCCACCACGAUAUCUCUCUCUCUCUCUCUCUCUCUCUCUCUCUCUCUCUCUCUCUUACGCUAUCUUUAA